UAGAAGUAAAGGGCUUCAAGAGUUAAGGACUUCAAGAGCUAUUUCUAUCUCUUAAAUCUCGAGAGACUAGCCAACGUCACGGUAAUUGAGUAAUAAGACUGUCAGAAAAAAAAAUCAAAUUUUCGUGUAAUGCAAUUCAGUAAAGGGAGGACGCGACAGGGAAUCGUCGUGGCAACACAAUAUGUUGGUUACGCGCUGUAUGCUCUUCAAGCAAACUGUCCCGAAACCAUCGUGGAUGGGGACAUAUGGGAAUAACGCGCGAACCCAUGGGUUUCCUGAACACUCACAGCGAAAUUCGAACGUUUAAGGACCCUGCUUCCCGGAUUUGGAGCGGACAAAAACUUUGAUGUUCCACAGUAGUGUUAAUCAGGAAUGGCGCUGAAGGUGAACUUGAGCUGUAUCGAUUGCUUGUCCCAGAGUGCAAAUCAAAGUGUAUCCUCUCAUACCACAUCUGCCGGAGUAGCGACAACUCUGGCCAGUGUGCUCAUCUUUACCAUCGUGGUUGACAUCGUUGGGAACGUUCUCGUCAUCCUGUCUGUGUAUAGAAACAAGAAGCUUCGGAACGCAGGUAACAUCUUUGUGGUGAGCCUGUCGGUGGCUGACCUGGUGGUAGCGCUGUACCCCUACCCCCUGGCACUGCUGGCCAUCUUCCACAAUGGCUGGACCAUGGGCUCGCUGCACUGCCAGCUGAGUGGCUUCGUCAUGGGCCUGAGUGUCAUCGGCUCCGUCUUCAAUAUCACGGCAAUCGCACUCAACCGCUACUGCUACAUCUGCCACGGCCUGCACUAUGACCACCUCUACACCACCCGCAACACCUGCCUGUACCUGCUGCUCACCUGGGUGCUCACCUGCCUGGCCACCGUGCCCAACUUCCUAGUGGGCUCACUGAGCUACGACCCACGCGUCUACUCCUGCACCUUCACGCAGACGGCCAGCUCCUCGUACACCAUCUGCGUGGUGGUGGUGCACUUCCUGGUGCCGCUGGCCGUGGUCUCCUUCUGCUACCUGCGCAUCUGGAUGCUGGUCAUCCGGGUGAAGAGCCGUGUGCAGCCGCCGGACUCGCGCAGGGGCCAGCGGGGUCGCCCUGGCGACAUGCGCAACUUCCUCACCAUGUUUGUGGUCUUCGUACUGUUUGCUGUCUGCUGGGCACCGCUGAACCUCAUCGGCCUGGCCGUGGCCAUUGACCCAGAGCGGGUGGCGCCAAAGGUGCCCGAGUGGCUGUUCAUCACCAGCUAUUUCAUGGCGUAUUUCAACAGCUGCCUGAACGCAGUGGUGUAUGGCCUGCUGAACCAGAACUUCCGGCGUGAAUACAAACAGAUCCUGCUGGCACUGUGUGCCCCACGCACACUCUUCAUGGACAGCUCAAAGUGUGCCACGGACGGCUUCAAGAGCAAGCAGUCACCAGCAGCGACCAACAACCACUUAAUGGAGGCCCAACUGUGAUUGGUUAGGGGUCAGGGGGUUACCACUGGU